UUUCAGUCAGCGUGCAGCCGGUGGCCGCCCCGGUGCCAACCGUUGCCCACGCGUCCAUCGGCAGCGGCCUCCCCACCACGCCCGUUAGCAGCAGCGGCACCUCCAACAGUGACAGCACGAAGAAGACGUUGGUGACUCUCUUUGCAAACAAUAGCACCGGCACGCCUCUGGUUCAGCAAGGGGGCCAGCCCCUGAUCCUCGCUCAGAACCCCACCUCCGGCCUCAGCACGGUGGUGACCCAGCCUGUUCUCCGGCCUGUGCAGGUCAUGCAGAAUGCAAACCACGUGACUAAUUCUCCAGUGACCAGCCAGCCCAUCUUCAUCACCACUCAGGGUUUCCCCGUGCGGAACGUCCGGCCUGUGCAAAACACGAUGAACCAGGUUGGGAUCGUCCUGAAUGUGCAGCAGGGUCAGACCGUACGGCCGAUUACGCUCGUCCCAGCCCCAGGCACACAGUUUGUGAAGCCAACCGUCGGCGUCCCUCAGGUUUUCUCCCAAAUGGCCCAGAUGAGGCCUGCUCCCGCCAUGCCUGUCCGACCGGCCUCCAACACGUUCACGACGGUCAUUCCGGCCACCCUGACCAUCCGCAACACGGUCCCACAGUCCCAAGCGCAGCAACCACAAAUGAGCAUCGCGAGUUUUGUCGCAGUGAAGAAACCCGGCAUGGCGGGCGACAACAGUAACGAGGUGGUCAAGUUGGUGAAUACCCUGAACACCGUCCCUUCGCUUGCCCAGAGCUCGGGCCCCCUGGUGGUGCCCAACAACAGCCAGGCCCAUGGUUCCCAGAGGACGGGCCUCUCGGAGUCCUCCUCGCAGAAAGUCAGCUCCUCGCCGAUCCCCGCCUUCGACCUGCAAGACAGCGGGCGGAAAUCCUGUCCUCGCUGCAACGCCCAGUUCAGGAUCACGGAAGCUUUAAGAGGCCAUAUGUGUUACUGCUGCCCCGAAAUGGUGGAAUUCCUGAAGAAAGGGAAACCCCUGGAGUCCGAGCCAAAUAUCCACGCCCCCAAGCCCCCUUCCCCGGAUAAAACCACCGCCGUGGCUUCGCCCCCCUCCUCCACCCCCAUCCCCGCCCUGUCGCCGCCCUCCAAGCUCUCCGAGCCGGGCGACGGCGCCAGCGAGGGGGUGCAGAGCAAGCUGAUCAUGUUGGUCGACGACUUCUACUACGGCAGGGACGGGGGCAAAGUCAGCCAGCUGCUCAACUUCCCCAAGGUGCCAACCUCCUUCCGAUGCCCGCACUGUACGAAGAGGCUCAAGAAUAACAUACGGUUCAUGAACCACAUGAAGCACCACGUCGAACUGGACCAGCAGAACGGAGAGGUGGACGUCCACACCAUCUGCCAGCACUGCUACCGGCAGUUCACCACGCCGUUCCAGCUCCAGUGCCACUUGGAGAACGUCCACAGUCCGUACGAAUCCACCACCAAGUGCAAGAUCUGCGAAUGGGCUUUUGAGAGCGAGCCCAUGUUCCUGCAGCACAUGAAGGACACCCACAAGCCCGGGGAGAUGCCCUAUGUCUGCCAGGUUUGCCAGUACCGUUCGUCGCUCUACUCGGAAGUGGACACCCACUUCCGGAUGGUGCAUGAGGACACCCGUCACCUCCUCUGUCCGUAUUGCCUCAAGGUCUUCAAAAACGGCACGGCGUUCCAGCAGCAUUUCAUGAGACACCAGAAAAAGAGCGUCUACCACUGCAACAAAUGCCGCCUGCAGUUCCUCUUCGCCAAGGACAAGAUCGAGCAUAAGCUGCAGCACCACAAAACCUUCCGGAAGCCCAAGCAGCUGGAAGGGCUGAAGCCGGGCACCAAGGUGACCAUCAGGGCCUCCCGAGGCCAGCCGCGGACGUUGCCCCUCUGCGCGAACGACGUGCCCCCGGGCCUCCUGCAGGACACGGCCUUGCUCUCGGCGUCUCCGGAUCCCCAGCCGAACUUCUCGUACCCGCCCUUCCAGAGGAGCAUCCAGAAGAAGGCCGUCCGGAAAAUGAGCGUCCUCGGCCGGCAGACCUGCCUAGAAUGCAGCUUCGAAAUCCCGGACUUCCCCAACCACUUCCCCACCUACGUCCACUGCUCGCUCUGCCGUUACAGCACCUGCUGCUCCCGUGCUUACGCCAACCACAUGAUCAACAACCACGUUCCUCGCAAAAGCCCGAAGUACUUGGCCUUGUUCAAAAACUACACUGCUUGUGGGGUCCGGUUGGCCUGUUCUGCUUGUCUCUUUGCCACGUCGGAGGGCGACGCCAUGGCCAAGCACCUGGUCUUCAACCCGUCGCACGAAUUCAGCAACGUCAUUCUGCGAGGUCCGGCUUGGGGCUCCCAUAUAAGGCCUGCCCAGCCGUUUGAAGGAGGCACGAAACCCUCGGUCUCCACCGCCUCGCCCAGCAAAGCCGCCACUGUGAACACGCCGCCGCCUCCUCUUCUGCCCGAGGAGGAGGGAGAGGAGAGAGUCCCGGAAGCGCCGCCGGUGGUCCCCGAGCCGACGCCCGAGGCCAGCUGCUCUCCUGCCGCGGCCCAGGAGAACGAGGGUUCCACCGCCUCGAACGUCGACAGCCGCGAAGACGAACCUUCGCCCAAGGAGGCUCCUGAGCCCGUCGGCAGGAAGGAGCAGCUCUCCGUGAAGAAGCUCCGGGUCGUUCUCUUUGCCUUGUGCUGCAACACCGAGCAGGCGGCGGAACACUUUAAGAACCCGCCCCGGCGGAUCCGUCGCUGGCUGAGGCGCUUCCAGGCCUUCCAGGAGGAGAACGUGGCUUCUCUGUCGGAGGCCAAGUACCUGAGCUUGGAAGCGGAGGAGAAGCUGGCCGAGUGGGUCCUCACGCAGCGCGAGCAGCAGCUGCCGGUCAACGAGGAGACCCUCUUCCAGAAGGCCACCAAGAUUGGCCGGUCUCUGGAGGGGGGCUUCAAGAUCUCCUACGAGUGGGCCGUCCGCUUCAUGCUGCGGCAUCACCUCAGCACGCAUAGCCGCCGGGCGGUGUCUCACCCGCUCCCCAAGGACGUGGCGGAGAGCUCCAGUUGUUUUAUUGAGUUUGUGCAGGGCCAGAUCCACACCCAGGACCUGCCCCUCUCCAUGAUCGCGGCCAUCGACGAGAUCUCCCUCUUCCUGGACGCUGAGGUCCUCUGCAGCGACGACCGGAAGGAGAACGCCUUGCAGACGGUGGGCACCGGGGAGCCCUGGUGCGACGUGGUCCUGGCCAUCUUGGCCGACGGGAGCGUCCUGCCCACCGUGGUCUUCUACCGAGGCCGCCUGGAGCAGCCCGCCAACGUGCCGGAGACGAUCCUGCUGGAGGCGAAGGAGAACGGCCACAGCGACGACGAGAUCAUGGACGUCUGGUCGUCCAAAGUCUGGCAGAAACACAUCGAGCACCAAAACGGCAAAAGCAUGCUGGUCCUGGACUGCCAUCGGACGCACCUUUCCGAAAAGGUCCUCUCCAUGCUGAGCUCGUCCAGCACUUUGCCCGCGGUGGUGCCGUCCGGCUGCAGCUCCAAAAUCCAACCUUUGGACGUUUGCAUCAAAAGAACGGUGAAAAACUUUGUGCACAAAAAGUGGAAAGAGCAGGCCAAGGACAUGGCGGACUCCCCCUGCGACUCGGACAUCCUCCUGCAGCUCGUCCUGUGUUGGCUGGCCGAAGCCCUGGAGGUCAUCAGCGACUGCCCUGAACUGGUGCAGCAGUCGUUCCUAGUGGCCAGCGUCCUGCCCGGCCCGGACGGCACGGCCAACACGCCCGGCCGCAACGCCGACAUGCAGGAGGAGCUGAUCGCUUCGCUGGAGGAGCAGCUGAAGCUCCACAACGAACUGCAGGACGAGGAGGGCGACCUGAACAACGACGAGGGGGGGAACCCCUCGGAGGAAUCCGCUAACCCCGAGAUCCUCCACCAGCUCUUCGAGGGGGAGAGCGAGACCGAAUCCUUCUACGGCUUCGAGGACGCAGACCUGGAGCUGAUGGAAGUGUGAACGCGGCCGAAGGAGAGGGGAAUGAGAUGAAUUCCUUCUCUCCCCCCCCCCUUUUUUUUUCUCCUUAAAUAAACUGUUGGACGAGACCGUUUCUCCCCCCCCCUCUUACUUCCCUGUGGAUUUUGUGGCUGCGGGAGACGCGUAGGCGAAACACGACGCAAAUUUAAGGAUAGCCAUGUCUGCUGUUGGAUUCCUUCAAAAAGAAAACGGAAAACACGUGGGUUUUUUUUGCCCCUCCUCCCCUCCCUUAAAUCACUGUUGUGGCAUUUCCUGAAGAUAUAUAUUGUGGGUGGAUUUAUUAUUAUUAUUAUUAUUUGGUUUUGGUUUAUUUUUGCAUUUCCUUUACCUCACUGUAUUAUAGUUUCUGGGUUUUUAUUUUGUUGAGGUCUUUUUAUAUAUAUAUAUAUAUAUACUGUGCAAAACAAUUAUACCACAUUAUCAAUGUGGCUUUUUUUCGGGGUGGGCAAGGUAAAGAGAUACGG